UUUUUUCAGCAGACCAUUAAACGACGACGAAGAUGCUCAAGUUGGUUGCAUUCUGUGCCAUGUUGGUUGCUCUGCAACUCGUCAGGGCUGAAGGUGAAGGAGGCUGCUGGUACGACUACCUAAAAGAGAAGCUGCCUGAAGACGAGUUGGUGGCCAUCCCCGACAAGACAGACCUCGCUGACUGCAAGAAAGUUUGCGAAGAGACUGACAUCUGCUACGUCCUUCAAGUCUCUGGAGGCAAGUGCUUCAUGAACAAGAACCCCGAAGUCAACUGGGACAAGAUCAUGGCAGAUCAAGAAGAUUCCAACAUCUACUCGUAUGCCUCCUGCGACGAUGCUCCAGCUGACAAGCCCGCUGAAGCACCUUGAAUAAACUGAAACUCAGUUCUUUUGAUUAUUUAAUUAAAUUAAAUUUAGAAGCUCAUUUGGAAGUUUUAAUUAACACUGCUGUAUUAAUGAAGAAAUAAAUUUUCCAAUUAAA